GGUUUCAGCCUCUAGAAUCUGCAAUGGUUGGACGAAAAUCAACAAACCCAUCUCCCAAACUACCCCAAAACAACUCCUGUGUACUCAACCUUGCCGUACCAGCUUAAGCAUUGGAGCUCUGGGGUCAUAUUAUUCCUGUUCUUGUUCUCAUUCUAACCAGAAUAGGGGCUAUAGUAGCAGCAGCAGCCUUUUGGCCUUGAAUGGUCUGAGCGACAACAGGAGCUCCAGAAAGCAGAAGACCCGAAAAGGCCGUGGCAUCGGGUCGGGCAAAGGAAAAACUGCAGGGAGGGGUCACAAAGGUCAAAAGGCCAGAGGGACUAUUAAGUUUGGAUUUGAAGGUGGCAAAAUCCCUCUUCGCCGCCGCCUCCCCAAACGUGGGUUUAAGAACCCUUUUAGCCUCACUUUUCAGAAUUGGGCAGCUUCUCUUGGGCCUGUUUCGGUUGAAAAACACUUCAGAAUCCCUGAUUCAGAGAGAGGCUAUCUAACUAUUGUUGGAUUAUCGCUGGCCAAAAAUCGCAUCGAGACGAUAGAAGGCUAGAUUCUGCUUCUUCUUGUACUUUGAGGAGUGCAUCGAACUGAGUUUUUUUGAUAGAAUUUGAUGUUUGCAAAUAUGAGAGCUUGCAGUAGAUGGCGGAUAUUCCUUCUAUCUGUGCCUAUGAUAUUUUUCUUGCCUCAUAUACUAUCAGUAUUGAAGUUGCAGGAGGACUUAUCUGCACAAAAUUUGCACCGAGACAAGCCCAAGAAAUUCGAUCAUUUGGUUCUUGGAGCUGCUGCGGGGGUUGGUUUGCCUGAUCGCCUGCAGUGCGAAGGCACCAGAGCUCUUAAUAGGACACAGUUUUCUACCUUCUCUGAGAAUUCCAUCAAUGGGGACCAGAUAUCCUUUGUCACAGUGUUCACAACUUACAAUUCUAGUGUAGAUGUGCAAAUAGAUAGGAAAGUAAUUGACUUAGUAACUGUGGGGAACAAAUCAUACAACAAGGUGAACAGAUCACUGGCCAUUUUGAAUGUGUUCAUUGAUUUCAUUCAGGCAACCAUGUCCCACAGCAAAGUCAUCAUUCUUACUGAUCCAUCUUCUGAGCUUCCAGUGCACAGAAACAGGGUUACCAUACAUCCCAUUCAAGGUGAAUAUUCACGAGACAGGUUGAUGCUUCAAAGAAUCAGGUCUUACAUUGUCUUUCUAGAGACAAGGCUUGAAGAAUACUCACUGGGGAAGGGACAAAUCAAUCAUUAUAUUUUUACUGACUCAGAUAUAGCAGUCAUUGGUGACCUGGGACAAUUCUUUCGUGACUAUCCGAAUUUCCAUCUGGCUCUCACCUUUCGGAACAACAAGGAGCAACCGCUAAAUUCAGGAUUUAUUGCAGUUAGAGGCACUAUUGAUGGAAUGAAAAGGGCCAAGGCUUUCUUGGAGGAGGUACUCAAAGUCUAUAUCUCGAAGUACAUGAGAGCUUCCAGAAUGCUUGGAGAUCAACUAGCUCUUGCUUGGGUCGUAAAAUCUCAACAUUCCUUUGAUGCAAGAAUGUUUACCAAAAAACAACCCUUUCUACAUGACAUUGAUGGUACCUCAGUGUUAUUUUUACCAUGUGCUAUCUAUAACUGGACACCACCAGAGGGUGCUGGGCAAUUUCAUGGGAUGCCCUUGGAUGUUAAGGUGGUUCAUUUCAAGGGAUCAAGGAAAAGACUUAUGCUUGAAGCUUGGGACUUUUUCUCAUCAUCUAAUUCUGACAUCUCAGAUAUGUUGUGCCUCAUUCUGAAGAGUGGAAGGACAAAGUAUGAUUUUUAAAUUUUGCUUUUUACAGUUUUCAGGCGGAGUUUAUGUCUGUUAAGGAUUUGAUUCAUUCAUUUGUGGAGAAAGAGGAAAGUAUUCAUGCCAGUGGAGCUUUGGCAUUCUAGAAGCCUGCACUUUAACUUGGCACAAAGGAAAAAGCCAUCCUUUGGCCUUCAGUUCAUUGUUUGGUGUCGUCGGUUGGCUGGUGAUCUUUUUCGUCUUUCCUACUCUCUUGAGCAUGGAAAUCAAAUCGUGUACCGAACAAAUGCGGAAUAGAUUCCAUUGUGAGUGCUGAGUUUUCUGCAGUUACUAACCUUGAAUGUUCUACUAAGCCCCAAAGCUCUUGCAAAAGCAAUACGAGAAUUGCAUUUUAGAGUUUGGGCUUGCGUUUGAGCUGACAGGUUUUCUACAUUUCUGCAGAUUUUACGUGAUUGUUACGAGCCACGCGACAUGCAAAUGUACACUGUACGGACUUUUUCCAUGUUCUUUCACAUAAACGCCAUCUUUCUUGUAUUUUUUCCUUGUACUUUUGAGUAGUCUAUCGUUGGAGGUGGGAAGUAGUUCAAGAUGUAGACCUAAAUGGUCUACGUCAAUAUAAUGGCAGAUUGUUUUGAAACCUGGGUUGGACCAACGAUUCGACCGACUGGACUAAAAAUCGGUCAUGAUUUUGGUUCGGUUCAUAUUUUGGAUAGAUUGAAUUACAAAUCGGUCAAGAUUUUGAUUCGGUUCAUAUAUUGGAUAGAUUGAACUUGAGAA